AGAUGUCCCAUAUCAGACCCUCGAUGAGACGGAGUCCAGCAGGGUUACACUGAAUGAUGCUUAGGGACCAGGCCUCUUCUCCACUGGGCUUUGUGGGAAGAGAGCCCUCUGGAGGGUGAGACUGAGGGACGGGCAGUGGUUUCUUUGCUCUGGGGCUGAAUGCCUCUUGAUGACCUAACCACCCAGGCAGUCCCAGUGCCUGGAAGGGCACUUUCCUGAUUGGAUGAUGUGUGGAGCAGAACAGCGGCAGGAGAGGGGCAGCAGGAUGAAUGUGGGAACGGCGCACAGCGAGGUGAACCCCAACACGCGGGUGAUGAACAGCCGCGGCAUCUGGCUCUCCUACGUGCUGGCCAUCGGGCUUCUCCACGUCGUGCUGCUCAGCAUCCCCUUUGUGAGCGUCCCCGUCGUCUGGACCCUCACCAACCUCAUCCACAACAUGGGCAUGUACAUCUUCCUGCACACAGUGAAAGGGACACCGUUUGAGACCCCGGACCAGGGCAAGGCGAGGUUGCUAACCCACUGGGAGCAGAUGGACUAUGGGGUCCAGUUCACGGCGUCUCGGAAAUUCCUGACCAUCACACCUAUCGUGCUGGUCUUGCCCAGAACUCCUCGGCUGUCGGGAACCUGCCCCUCCCCAUCAGGGAGCGAGGGAGAAAGGGGUCUCCCAAACAGAGUCUUACACCUCUCCCAACCUGCCCUGCCCAGGUACUUCCUCACCAGCUUCUAUACCAAGUACGACCAGAUCCAUUUCAUCCUCAACACUGUGUCCUUGAUGAGCGUGCUCAUCCCCAAGCUGCCCCAGCUCCAUGGAGUCCGGAUUUUUGGAAUCAAUAAGUACUGAGGGUGCAGCCCCUUCCCCUGCCUGGCGUGGCAGGGGACGGGUAGAUGCCUGUGCUGCGAUGCUGAAGACAGAUGGAGCCUUUGGGCACCUCCAGAGAUGGGGGUUGAGCCUCUGGGCACUAAUUUUCCCCUCACUUCCCCCAGUAGCAGACUUGAAGUAGCUUUUAGUGGGUUGGGGUGGGCCCCCCUGGGGCUCUGACCCUUCUGAAUUUUUUGAUCUUUCCCUUUUGCCUUUUGGUUAGAGACUUGGUGGGGGUGGUCAUGGCAUGGGCUGGGCUCCUGCGCUGAACACAGACCUGCGAGGUUGGGACAGGAGGCCAGGGAAACCCCCUGCUCGCUGGCUCAUCCUCAGACUGCUGAAGCACUUUAACCCCUGUGAGGGGAGCAGAGGGGACGGUACAGCUUCUAGAUUGUUUCACUUUAAUUCUUAUGUCUUUAGGAUGACACUCAGUUUGCGCUUAUAUAUAAGCAAGUGUGGGACAGUGCCUCAUCCCUCCGCGUAGAGUAUUGUCUAAUCCAAGUCAGACAGCUCCCGUACAACUCAGCUCACGCUGGGUGCUAGGUAGGGGUGGGGAGGGUAAGGAGAAGGAUGUGGGGCUGGGUGUGGAUGGCCUGGUCCCAGAGGUGAGGGGGCCAAGGCUGCAGCCAUCCUGGCCCUGGUGGAGGUGGGGAGGGGGUUUGGGGAAGGGGUGGGGAUGGUAAAUUGGGACUUAGAAGAGUGGGGCCACAUAGCAGCAGGGGUUGGUGUAAGUGAUGGGGGGAGGGAUGGGACAGACCCAGCCUCAUUCUUUGGAAAGUGGUCAGGGAGCGGGUAGGCUUGGAGGAGUCAUUCACCCACAGCAUGGUGGCGGUAAUAGGAAGGGAAGCUGCUGUGGGUUUGAAGCUCCUGGCUUGGCUUGGUGCAGGUUGGUGGAAGAGGCUCAUGAGUCAUCUUAAGCAUGGAUCCAAUUUGACACUGUCUACAGUGGUGUGAGGGGCAUGGGGACACUGGGACAGAAAUGAUGAGUGGUGGGGCCCUUCUGCAGCCUUUUCCUUGGUAACGUUGUGCAGACUGGCGCCGGGCCGGGGUCUCUUGUGUGGCAUGCACACGUGGGGCUGUCAGGCUUUCCCCAGAUAUGGUUGGUGGGCUGCAAAGUCCUGCAUGGUCCCUGCUCAAGCAGGACAGUGGAAGGAGCUAGGAGUGACCUGCAGGCGCUGCCUCCUCAGGCUGAGGAAACGAGGCGAGGGCAGGAGCCUGGGCUGGAGAGAAGGCGCUUUCUCUCCUCCCUAAUCCGACUGGGUCUGUGCUACUUCCGAGAAAGUGUGGGUGCCAGGGCCCUGAGGGAGCGGGGGAGGUCACUGGGCCCUGUUUUCUGCCUCCUGGUCCUCCCAACCCCCACCCCAUGUAUCAUAGGGAACUUUCACCUCAAAAUCUUUCUAAGCAAAGUGUGAAUAGGAUUUUUACUCCCUUUGUACAGUAUUCUGAAAAACACAAAUAAAGGACGAUGUGUUCCUGUUUCGCCUGA